UGCAAUGACUGCUGAUGGCACGAGCCGAGACCGCGCUCUCCAAGUCAGAGCUGCUGGCUGCCUGCCGUGGCUAUCAGACGGGCCGGCGGCUUGGCAACCGAGGCUAUGCACAGGGACGGCAACUCUCUUGCGGUGCAACAGGAGAGGUGUACUUCGGCCGCGCCGCUCCAGACUCGGCAGGCUUUGAAGGUUUGCCUGGCGCGACCAGUCAGCCCCGCCAGGUUGCUCUGAAGUACAUGCGUAGCAUCAACGCCGGCGUACAACGCCAGAUACAGCAAGAGAUCUCGACUGUCUUUCGCUGCCGUUCUAAGUAUGCUGAUGAGGUGAAAGAUCCCGCCUCGGAAGGGCACCCCAACCUUGUGGCAUACCUGGAUUGGUUUGCAGGGCCAAAUGGCCUGGACAGAGAGGUGUACCUGGUGAUGGAGUUCUGCCCUUUCAGCCUGGCUGACAUGAUAUUUGUCGCAGGUAAUCUCCGUGGCGAUUACGAAAAGUCUUUCGUCUCAGUCAAGCGUGGCAAGAGUCUGGCAGGUGAAACGUCUGGCGGUGAGUCGCCAGGGGAGAAGAAGUCCCCCACCUGCUUUCGAUUCUCCGAGUUCGAAGUGGUGAAGGUGUCGUGUGACCUUUUGAAUGCCCUCACCUUCAUGAAUCGGCAUGGUAUGGCUCAUCGAGAUGUCAAGACCGAGAACAUCCUGUGGGCAGAAGGCCGGUACAAGCUGGCUGAUUUUGGUACUGCGACAUUGCUUGAGUCGACGCCUUCUCGAAGAGAUGAAUCUGGCACCCUGUGGAUCAUGGCUCCUGAGCUUCUCGGUCGUCGACCUCACGGCCUAAACUGUGACAUUUGGUCCCUGGGAGUCGUCCUCUUCGAGGUCACCUCUUUUACCAAGCCCUUCAACUCGAAGGAACUUCUUGCCUAUCGGAAUUCCUCAGAGGCUGCUUUUUCCUCAAGUUUUUGGCCUUUUCUUUGUGGUACUUCUGGACCUUCGACCCCUGCGCGUACAAAGACACUUCCCCGACUGAAGAGUGGUUCUGAGCUGCCGAGGCCCUUGCGGCAAAACGACUUGGGUAUUGCAGCAGAAACGACACCUUCACGUGCAGGGCGUAACAUCCGCAGCAAAUGCCGCAGUGUUACAUUGCCCCCACUCUCACAUGGUGCAAAAGAGGUUUCCGAAGGAGACGAGAGUCCAACUUCACCGGCAUCCGAGGACCACCUCCAACGCUUCAACUUCCUCAGAAAGCGGCUCCUAUAUCGGUGGUGCUACAGUGAGGACAUAAGAAGUUUGAUCUUCGAGGAUAUGCUGCGUGAGGAGCCAGAACUUCGCCCCACAGCGCUGGAGGUUUGGCAGAGCCCACGCUUCCAUGGCUUGGCCGAACGAGAGGCAGAGCCUGCUGCAGAGGGCUUGGUGCUUGAGGAGUUGCUGAGGUCUGUCACUGCAGACAAUUUUCUGCGGGCAAUGAAAUUGCCAGCGACACAAGGAGGCUAUCUUGCGACAGCCGCAGGCUGAAAGACUCGCUGAUGUGAAAUCACCACACUUGCAGUCCGCUGUGACGCAGCAAACUGUAAGCUCACUUUUUAAAAAUCCGGUCUCCUUCUUGAUCUGGACAUAUUGCCGAAAACAAACAGCGGGCAAAGGACUGACGCAAAAAACAUCAUAUUGGCGUUGAUAUUUGUUGUCAGUCAGUCUCUUGUGUACAGCCUGGCCGUUUGAAGGCUGUGUUAAUGUUGGAGAGAUACCUCAAAGGGGACUCUCAGAGUUAAGCGGUUCCUUGUGGCGCAAAGAACGCCAGGCGAUUCAUCAAAAG